AUGACCGACUAGCCCAUGGUCUCUCUCCGCUCCGACGCGCCCGACCCACCACCACAUCCCUCAUGGCUGCCCUCGCCGACAUCGACUCCUCGGCACUUCCGCCGUCCGAGUCAUCCAAAGGCAAGGGCAAGAUGGACGAGGAGGAGGAGGACGAGGCGGAGGGCGCGGAGAAGAUGUGCGGCAUCUGCUAUCUCGACGGCCGGCGGGCCAUCCGCGGCGAGCUCGACUGCUGCGCCCAUUUCUUUUGCUUUGUCUGCAUCAUGGCUUGGGGCCGCGUCGAGUCCCGCUGUCCCUUCUGCAGGGCCCGCUUCCACACCAUCCGCCGCCCGCCCGUCGCCGGCCGGUUCCCCGACGAGCGAAUCGUCUCGAUCCAAGAGCGCAACCAGGUACACCAUCCUCAGGGCAACGGGAGCAGCAUAGUGGGCGGAGAUCCUUACGUGAACACCAUAUGCACCGUUUGCAGCAGCUCCAGCGAUGACGAGCUGCUGCUACUCUGCGAGCUCUGCGACUCAGCUGCACACACUUACUGUGUCGGGCUGGGGACCACCGUGCCAGAGGGGGACUGGUUCUGCAAAGACUGCGGGACGAUCAGAGAUGAUCAAUUGAGAUGGCAGGCUGAGAAUCAGGGUGAAUUUGAGAUCAGCAUGGAUGUUCCUGGAGCUGAGCCAGUUCCAGCCCCCUCGAUUUCUGGUGUUGUGGAUGAGGACCAUGAUCUGGAAAGGCCAUAUGCGCGGAGUGGUGGCGGUUCGACGGAUGACCCGGUUCCUUCCAUUUAUGAAAUUGUGGGUGAUGAUUUUGCUACCAGUGCAGGGAUCUUUAGGAGGAGGAUUGCUGAGGAUAUUGGAUCCCAGGGUACUUCAGCUGGAUCUCAGUGUCCCAGAUCGACCCAGGGACGAGACAAUGGUCUUGCAGCCUAUCAUGCUCACAUUCGUCUUGAGGUUGAGAGAGCUAGAACAUUACGCAAUUCCCGCAAUCUUGAUAAGCGCAUAAGAGAGCUGCGAGAGAACUGGGCUGCUCUGCGUGCUGGUUCUGUGGGGUUUGCUCCGCAUAUGCCUGUCAGAAGAAGGAAGGAUAUGGCUGGUUCUGCUUCUGUUGCUACUGAGCAUCAACGUUAUGCAGAGCCUGUAACUCUCAGUUCCCGAAAUGGCGCCGCUGCAGCUUCUGUUCCGCUGCCAAUGCCCUUCUCUGAGGAAACUAAUACCUCACUGGGCCAUAGUAAAAAAGUCUUGCAAAAGGACACCCGUGAUGCCCGUAAGGCAUGGAAAAGGUUGGAGAUGGCUAAAUCAUCUGGUGGGAGGAAGACAUCUAAGACACCUGCCUCCAUUAACUGCUGUCCCCCAUUUUCCAUGGGUAACAGAUCGACUUCUUACAGUCCAAUUGAUACAAUUGUGGGACACAAGAACGGGAAUCUGCGUAGUAAGUCUUGUCAACAAAAUUAUUCAAUCUGUGGUCAUGUUACAAAAGUGGAACAUACGCUGCCCACGAAUAACUCCAGAGGAUGCCAUAGCUUGCCUGAGAACAGUCGUGCCUUGGAUCAUGAGAGGAUGGUUUCUUCCCAGAAUCGAAUAAAUCAGGAAAGCUUUAGUGGCAAAGUUGCAUCAUCGACCCACAUUCAACAUGUUGACCAAGCAUUAGUAUCUACCUUUAAUACACACAGACCAGAAAAACUCGUAUCAGACAUGCUGCAUCCACUAAAGUAUGGUUCAUCAUCUGGCCAGUCAGCUGUGACUUCAUCCCUACAAUUAGGAUCUAGUGUUGGAUCUGGGAGCCAAUCCACUAUGCCGGUAAACCCUGAGGAACCUUCAGCUGUUUGUGCUGAAGAUAUUGCAGCAACCAUUGAAGUUACGAAAAGUUCUAGUCUGGACCAGCAUGAGCGCAAGAGAAAACACAGUUCGGAAAGAUGCAGUGAUCAAAGAUCCAAAAGAUCCAGGUCAACCUGUAAAAUUGCAAAAAGUGAGAUUUCUUCUUUGGCCAUUCGUGAGUUGAAGCUACUCAAGAUAGACAAAACACAUGGUUCUGACAGAUUCAAGGAAGUUGCUCGGACAGCAACACAUUCCAUCUUGGCUGCCUGCAGAUUUGAGCAUUCGCCAUCGCAAUCCCUUGCACUCUCAAGACCUGUCUGCAAGCACAGCCCCAAAGUCAAACAGCUGAACUCGUCAGCAAUUACUGAUUUUUGCAGAGAAUGCUUGCAUAACUUUGUUAAAGAAGCUGUCAGUUUGGCAUUGUCUGGCGGGCAGAUGGAUCAAACUGGUACCCCCUGUUAGAUUGUAGACAAAUUUGGGAUUCUUUCUUGUCUUAUCAUUGUGAAUAUCUCAAAGCACAAACUAGGGACAAGUUGUACAAUUUAUGGCAUGUUAAUGCCUGUCCUGUAGUGUAGUUGCCAGGUCUAAUCAGUACUGUAACAACUAACAAAAUAUUCUCUUUAAUAUGCCACGACCAUGGCUGAAGUAUUGGAGCCUAACAUUGGCCGGCUACUGAGGUGUGGUUGGUGUACCUGGAG